CUCAAUCGCUAUCUCUGACACUUGACACAGCAGCAACUUUCCAUCUCAUCCCAUCCUCUUUGCAUCCGAUUCAUCUUUCUUCACUCGACACAUCCCCUCACAAGAAUGUCGCCGGAUGUGUCAUCGCUCAGGUACCGUGCCAUCGCCGGUGCAGCGACCCUGGCCAAGCCAGCAGCAGCCGCCUUAGGAAUCUCUGUUUCACAGAUCCCUCCCCACCACACCCUCACGUCGCUCUCCAUCACCCAUGUCCAGUUCUCGCAAAACAACUUUCUCUCGAAGCUGCUAGCCUAUGUGACACUGUCCCCACUGGGUAUCAUCUGCAGUUAUGUCGCUAUCGUCCUCACCUCUCGGGAUCUGAAGCCCCUAGUCAUGUUUGCAGGCCAACUCGCCAACGAAUUCGUCAACCAGGUCCUGAAACGGCUCUUCAAGCAGGCUAGGCCUACAGAGUAUCUCGGAGAUGGCUAUGGAAUGCCCUCUAGCCACUCUCAGUUCAUGGCCUACUUUGCAACCUACACCGCGAUUCUCAUGUACCGAAGAGGAGGGGCAUCUGACGGUUUCCUCCCACAUCUCGUAUCUGGUUGUGUCGUCCUUUGGUCCGCUCUGGUUGUCUACUCUCGCGUACAUUUAUAUUAUCACACAUGGCAACAGGUGGUGGCAGGAAGCCUUUGCGGUAUUGCGUUUGCACUGGGUUACUACUACAUUGUCAAUAGCGUCUUGCGGCCACAAGGUGUCUUUGACUGGAUCGUCAAUCUUCCGUUGGCAAAGCAAUUCUACGUCCGGGACACAGACGCGAUCCCCGAUCUCGCCAAAUUCGACUGGGAGAUGUGGCAACAACAUCGUAAUGCCGACCAUACCAAGCAGGAAUAGAUUGUACAUUCCCCUUCUCGAUAACGCUUGAUGACUAAAACGAUUCAACAUAUUACCAAUGUCACUCG